ACCGUACACGAUAUCGUACGAUACACACAGUGUUCGUGAUGGAGAGUAAAAUCCUUCUGGUCGUGGCAGUUUGUGCGGUCAUUUUGACAUUGACUGGUGCCCCAUGGGUCUAUAACCAAUACAAGAAUAGCGACGAAACCAAACAUGAUACCGGCAUCCAUGCAGGCAAGGUGCACCCCUGUGUCGGAGAAUAGGUACCUUCCUUCCAAGGUGCCCAAGUACAAACGGAUGAUGUCGAAGUGUGGUACGGUCGACUUCGCCGCUAUCGGCUGUAGCGUCUGUAAAGUAGUUGUAUCGGGGCUUCAGAACCUCGUCAGGAAGAAGAGUACCCAGGAGGAUGUGGUCAUCUUCGCUACAGAGAUAUGCAAGGUGUUUCGGAUAGAGGACAGUCGAGUCUGUGACAGUAUCACAGUUCAGUUCAAGGACGAGUUGUUCGGUGUGGCAGAGAGGCUGUCUCUAACUCCCGCACAGGCAUGUGGAAUACUGAUUGGGACCAACUGCGGGACGCCUGACGACCCCAACGUUAUGUGGAACGUAACCAUGCCCAACACCCCGAAACCACCCGUUACCCCGCCAACGCCACCCAAGUCAGGAGCCUUAAAGCUGCGCAUGCUCCAUCUAACUGACAUCCAUCUCGAUCCGGCCUACGCGACAGGAGCAAACACUGACUGUGGAGAACCACUGUGCUGCCGGAAACCAGACGGAAUCGCACCGUCUACCAAGGACGGGGCCGGAAAGUGGGGAUCACAUGCCACGUGUGAUACGCCGUUUAUCACACUUGACAGUCUAUUCGCACACCUCAGCUCCAUACAGGACCAGUUUGACUAUGUAAUAUUUACGGGAGACCUACCGCCACACAACAUCUGGAACCAGUCUAGGACCGACCAGCUUACAUCACUGCAGACAUACACCAAGCUGUUUAAGAAGUACCUUCCAAAAAAGAUUGUCUUCAACGCCCUCGGCAACCAUGAAAGCGCACCAGUAAAUAGUUUCCCGCCAGACUUUAUUAAGGAUAACCAGUCCAUUUCCUGGCUGUAUGAGGCACUGGCCGAUAGCUGGGGAACAUGGCUACCUAAAACCGCACGUCAGGAUAUAUUAAGAGGAGCAUUCUAUUCCGUUUCUCCUAGCCCAGGCUUCAGGGUCAUAUCACUGAAUAUGAAUUUUUGUAACAACGGGAAUUGGUGGCUGCUUAUCAACACUACUGACCCGAAUGGACAGUUACAAUGGCUUAUUACUGAGCUACAAAAGGCAGAGGACAAUAACGAAAAGGUUCAUAUGAUUGGGCAUAUCUUUCCUGGAUCUAGUGACUGUUUAAAGGCUUGGAGCUGGAACUACUUUAAAAUUGUCAACAGGUACGAGAGUACAAUAGCUGGACAGUUUUUCGGACACAGCCAUUCCGACUUCUAUGAAGUUAUGUAUGACAACGUCAAUUUCACUCGACCAAUCAGCGUCGUGUAUAUACCCGGUAGUGUGACAACAUUCACCAACAUGAACCCCGGGUUCAGGAUUUAUGAACUGGAUGGUUUUUAUAAUGGCAGUUCAUGGGCGGCGUUGAACUUCCAAAACUACUUCCUGAACCUUACAGAUGUAAACGUCAGCAACAAACCAAAUUGGGAACUGGAAUAUGACGCCAAGGCUGACUUUAACCUCACCAAUCUCUACCCUCAAGAGUGGGACAACUUGAUUAAUCGUAUGAAGAGUGAUGACAACUUAUUUCAGAAAUUCUACAGAUACUAUAUGAAGUCUGCCCCUGCUGCCAAGUGUACCGGAGACUGUAAGAAAAAUCUCCUGUGUGAUCUUAGGACAGGCAGAUCACACGAUCCAAGUCUGUGUGCAAAUAUAUGAGUGUGGUAAUGGAAUCACCUUUUAGGAGAUUUUUUAUGUUGUUUUUGUUUUUGUUUUUUCCCAAAUAACUUUUAUCAUUAUGAUGCAAUUUACUUGCAGUCAGUUUUUUUCUUCAUGUUAUUUUCACUUGCUGAAUAAAUCACGCGUUGAAUCACUUUUUAUCAUGAACAUGUUGAUAGUAUAAAUGAUUUUUGACAUUCGUGGGGAAUCGAUGACAAUGUGGUUUGGUAUCAACUCUCACCAACUAACCACAUAUAACAGGAAUAUUAACAAACCCUUAUUAACAGUAGAUCGGUCAUCCUAGAAAUCCAAGGUGUUGCGCAUCCGAGUUCGUGUACGAGUAAUACUAACUUGAGAAUGUAACGUUUGGAUUACGAAGAAUUAAAUGUAGAUACAUCUGUACGUCUCGGUCCAUAUUGAUCAUUUUCUGCCUUAAAGAUAAUUAUGUUUAUGUCGUUCAGUAUAUAUAAAAAAAAGAAGUGUUUGGAUCGCCAAUAAUCCCAAUAAUUACUAUUUCAAUAAAAUGUAUGUAAAAUAACUUUUCAAUAUCCAAAGUAAUGAUUUUAAAUGGGGAUAUUCUUACUAUAAUAGUAAUUUUGGCAUUACCAAAAACAUAAUGUUUGAAAAAGGGACCAUUUUCCGAUUUCUUUAUAUGAAUAUCUAGUAUCUUAUAAUUUUUGGUAUUCCCAUGACAUACCUAAUACUUUCUUCUGUUGUCUUCCUAAAAAUCAGGCGAUAAAACAGUAUGACAUAAAAACUUAUUAAGUUGUGAUUGAUGCGACUUGUUUAAGAUAUCUUCCCAAUGUCAUCGUUUCUCCACAUCCGUUAUUAUUAUGGAUUGUAAAUAUAUUUCCAAUGUACGUGUAAAUUAUUACAUAAAUACAUAUUUUUCAUUUUGAAAGCUUUCCAUAAAAAUAAUAUUAAAAAAAUUUUUUUUCCCAUUACUAUUGUAAUUACAAUUAUUUAACUUGAUCUAUUUUACAACAAUUGUGAAUCAAGUUGAAUUACCGGGGAGUCUUACUGUGAGGGGAGACCCAGUGAAAACAAAAACAAGCUAUUAUAACUAACGUGGUUGUUAUCAUUGUGUGUGUAUAGCAAUACUAGAAACAAUGUGAAACCAAUUGCAAUAUAUACAUUUAUGGUUUUACUUCAAUAUUUUAAUAAUGAUAAGUGAAUACUUACAAUUUAUGUUAAAGGCUUAUACCUCCAUAGUAUAGUCUUUACAAUAUCAGUUAAAGAUCUAACUUUUAAGAAGUACGUAUUUGAUUUUUCUGUAUCAUUAUUGUUAACUGACGUCAUUGCCACAGCUCAAGUGAGCUAGGGAGAUUUUACACAAUAGCUGUGUACGUCCAUCAUGAAGUUUGUAGAAUAAAGUUCUAUAAAGUCUGCACAAUGAAGAACAUUUGCCUUCAUUUGGGAUAUGUUUAAAGUAAGUAAGUUUACAUUGUCAAUAUGAGCCAUCGUUUCAUCUUCAUGUUUCAUUGUUGUAAUAAAACAAGAACCAGAAUAG